GGCAGACCUAAUUUACGUGAAUCCAUCCCCAUCCUUCUCUAAUAAACCCAAUUCCCGGACUUUUUUUUCUUUUUUUGGGAAAAAUAUACUCGUAUUCAUAAAAAGCUGCAGUUUCAGUUCAGUUGGGCCCUCACCGGCGGUGGUCCUUUAGGUGCAGCUUUAAUGGGGACUAUGAAGAUCGAACUCAUUAUUCAUGCUGUUUUUUAAGAUGGAGUUUCAGGUCAAAUGAGUUAGGCUGUUACUUGGACGUCGUUCUGGAUGGUUAACUCAAUUUGUUCAAGUUAAUAUUUUGAAAGAAGAAACAAAAAAGAAAAAGGAGGGUUUAGCUAUUUGGCCAUUUUGAUUUAGGAUGGAGUCUAGUUCUGCUCCGGUAAACUCCAAUUUUGAGCCUCGAGAAGAUGUGGAGUUUGAUUCUCAUGAGGCAGCAUAUGAGUUAUAUAAAGAGUAUGCCAAGUCUGUGGGGUUUGGUACGGCGAAAUUGAGUAGUCGUCGUUCUAGGGCAUCUAAGGAGUUCAUUGAUGCCAAGUUUUCGUGUAUAAGAUAUGGAAAUAAGCAACAGUCCGAUGAUGCUAUUAACCCAAGACCUUCCCCUAAGAUAGGUUGUAAAGCAAGCAUGCAUGUGAAGAGGAGGCCGAAUGGGAAGUGGUAUAUACAUAGUUUUGUGAAGGAGCAUAAUCAUGACCUUUUGCCAGCUCAAGCUCAUUUUUUUCGAAGUCAUAGGAAUGUUGAUCCACUUAAGAACGAUUCAAAAGUACGAAGAAGGAAGAUUUUGGCUUCCAUGACCAAACAAUAUGGUGUGUAUCAGCCCUCUGGUCCAGUAGAGAAUUUUAUCCGGAAUCAGCAUGAUAGAGGUCGGAGUUUGACUCUCGAAGAAGGAGAUGGCCAGGGUUUGCUCGAUUUUUUUAUGCAUAUGCAGGAAGAAAAUCCAAGGUUUUUCUAUGCAGUAGAUUUUAAUGAAGAGCAUCGACUGAGAAAUGUGUUUUGGGUCGAUGCUAAAGGUAUAGAUGAUUAUGCUUAUUUUAGUGACGUCGUGUUGUUUGACACCACAUAUUUCUCAAACAAGUAUAAGCUCCCUUUAGUUCUUUUUAUUGGAGUGAACCAUCAUAUCCAGCCCAUAUUGCUCGGUUGUGCAUUGAUUGCAGAUGAAACUGUGUUUACAUUCGCUUGGUUGAUGCAAACAUGGUGCCUGGCAAUGGGGGGCCAUGGACCGCAAGUUCUACUGACUGAUCAGAACCAUUCAAUGAAAGCAGCUGUUGCAGCUGUCUUUCCUGAUACGCGUCACUAUUUUAGCCUGUGGCAAGCAUUGGAUAAGAUUCCCAGACAACCUCAAUAUCUUAACCUUUGGCAUGAAACCUUUUUGGCAAAAUUUAGGAAAUGUAUACACAAGUCAUGGACUGAGGAGCAAUUUGAAAAGAGGUGGUGGAAGUUGGUUGAAAGAUUCAAUCUUCGGGAUGAUCAGUGGAUGCACUCACUCUAUGAAAAUCGCAGACUAUGGGUGCCUACUUUCAUGAGGGAUUUCUCUUUUUCUGGUUUGUCUGUGGCUUCAAGAUCUGAGAGCCCGAGCUCUUUCUUUGAUAAAUAUGUACUUGCUGAAACUUCUUUGAAAGAAUUUGUCAGACAAUAUCAGUUAGUCCUGGAAGACAGGUAUGAAGAGGAAGCUAAAGCUAAUUUUGAUGCUUGGCAUGAAACACCCGAGUUGAAAUCUCCUUCACCUUUUGAGAAACAAAUGUCUCUUGUAUAUACUCAUGAAAUAUUCAAGAAGUUUCAAGUGGAGGUGUUGGGAGCAGCUGCAUGUCAUCUCAAAAAAGAAAAAGAAGAUGAGUCCAGUAUAACAUAUGCUGUCAAAGAUUUUGAAAAUAAUGAGGAUUUUAUGGUGGAGUGGAGUGAACAGAAAUCAGAAAUAUAUUGCUCGUGCCGCUCAUUUCAAUACAGAGGCUACCUAUGUAGGCAUGCCAUUGUGGUUCUCCAAAUGUCAGGUGUUUUUACCAUCCCAUCCAAAUAUAUAUUGCAGAGGUGGACAAAUGCUGCCACAAGCAGGCAUUCUAUUAGCGAGAGAUUGGAUGAGGUACAGAAUAAGGUCCGUCGAUACAAUGACCUGUGUCGACGAGCCAUAAUAUUGGGGGAAGAAGGGUCAUUGUCUCAAGAGAGUUAUAACAUUGCAGUUGGUGCCAUAAGAGAAGCUCAAAGACAAUGUACAAGUGUGAGUAACUCUGCUGACAAUAACUUGAGGACAGGCACCUCAACAGCACUAGCAAUUCAUGGUACUGAGGAAGCAAAUCAAGGUGAUAUUGCAAUGGAUGUAGGGGAGGUGCGAGGUAAUAUGGUGACGCGGACGAAUAAAAGCUCUAAGAGAGCACAUUCUGGAAAAGAAAGAGAAAGUGAAGUCAGCAAUUCUAAUAGGAAAGGGAAGGUGGCAAUGGAGCCCGAAGCAGCAAAUGUUGGGUCACAUGGCGACUUUCACUCAGUGGAUAUGCCCAGUGGCUUGGAAUAUCCUGCCAUGUAUCCAAGAUUUCUUACAACGCUGUUAAGAAGCGGUGACAUGAGCAAGAGAAGUGUGGAAAUGCUUGGCGAAAUGUUGGAGGAAUAAAGCUGAAUUUACCAAAUCUAGUGGAUGUUGAACUUACGAGAGAGCUUUUUGUCCCUGUUGCUGAUGCUGGCUUUCUUUGAUUCACUACAUUUGGAAUAUGCAUGAUCGUUUGACCGGCAUAUUGCCACACUACAGAAGAUGGAAUCCAGCAGCAUUGAAGACCAAGGGGCGGCAAGCUCUUCUCGCGUGUUGCUAGGAAACAAAAUAUACAAAAAUCGAUCGGUCAAGCACUAACCCCUUAGGAUUUCAAUCUUGGAAAAGAAAAAAAAAAUCCAAUUUUUGCAACUCUGCAUACUCUUAACAUCUUUCAGGACACAGUCUGUUUUGCCUGCUGAAUCCUGGCUCUACUCCAAUGCAAAAGCACCCUUCGUUUUUGAGUAGCAUUAGGGGGUACCACAAAGCAUAAAUGUACAUACUGAGAACGUUUAGUCA